UUUUCAAUCUGUCUUUGUCUUGGCCUUUGCCUCCUCCUCCUCUCCCCAUCCUCAUCACCCUUUCCUUGCUCUUGUUUCCGCAUUGGCUUGUCGCCUGUGAUGGGGGCCACUUCUCCUUCAGGCCUGGAGCUCACCAUGGCUGUCCCCGGCCUCAGCUCCUCCUCUGGCUCAGAGGGGUUUGUUUGCAACAACAAUAUCAGCAACAACGGUGGCGGGAACAUGAGGGACCUGGACAUGAACCAGCCGGCGAGCGGCGGCGAGGAGGAGGAUUUCCUGAUGGGCGGCGUGGAAGAGGACGAGGAGGAGCGGGGCGCCGGCGGACCGCACCGCCCAAAGAAGCUCCGCCUCUCCAAGGAGCAGUCCCGCCUCCUCGAGGAGAGCUUCCGCCUCAACCACACCCUCUCACCGAAGCAAAAGGAGGCCUUGGCGAUCAAACUGAAGCUGCGGCCCAGGCAGGUGGAGGUCUGGUUUCAGAACCGCAGGGCAAGGACUAAGCUGAAGCACACGGAGAUGGAGUGCGAGUACCUGAAACGCUGCUUCGGCUCGCUGACGGAGGAGAACCGCCGCCUGCAGCGGGAGGUGGAGGAGCUGAGGGCGAUGCGCAUGGCGCCGCCCACGGUGCUCUCGCCGCACACACGCCAGCCACUCCCGGCGUCCGCGCUCACCAUGUGCCCCCGCUGCGAGCGCGUCACCGCUGCCACCUGCCCGCGGAUCACCCGCCCGGCCGCCUCGCCGUUCCACCCUCGCCGCCCCUCAGCGGCGUUUUAGGGUUUAGUUAUGGUAGGGCUUAAGAGAAAAGGUCGAGGUAGAUUUGCUAGUGGUAAUGUAGGACGCACGAUCGAUAAGUCUUUGUGUAAAUUGAUGAUGGAGGAGAAAAGAACAUGGAAAAGGCGUAGUGGGGUCGUGUGGGGUUUGGAGGCGCCCCCAUGGACCAUUUGGGCCUGUGCCUCAUGCCAUGGACAACAAAAAAUCUAGUUUCAUUUGCUCAUUUGGUCUUCUAUAGGGUCGCGCGUUCUCUUCUUAUUAAAUGAAAAAUGUCAUGUUUGUCUUCA